UGUUAUACACAGCAGUGACUCAACAUGUGAGACGCCUGGUUGAUGCUGUAAAGAUGAAGGAUUUAUAACUGUAACUCCUGAUUUGGGGAUUUAAAAAAAAAAAAAAGCAGUCACUGCUGAUAUGUAACAUAUGGAUUAUGGAUCGGUUAUGGAUAUGUUGCAAAAUUCUGCUUUUUAUAAGUUUUUUUGUGAACUCAUCGUUGAAUGAUGGGCAGGAUGCUUCCUGCGAUGGAGCAUUUGAUAUUUAUUUUGUUUUGGACAAGUCAGGCAGUAUUUCGGGACACUGGGAUGACAUCUAUGGAUUUGUGGAGGAGCUCAGCAAAAGGUUUAUCAGUCCCAGGAUGAGGGUUUCCUACAUAGUCUUUUCAAUCAAUGCAGAUGUAAUACUGCCACUAACAGGAGACAGGUCCAAGAUAGACGAGGGUUUGAAUAAAUUGAGCCAAAUCAAAACUGCAGGUGAAACAUUCAUGCAUGAAGGCAUGAAAGCGGUGUCGAAGCAAAUGAUGGAACAAACUUCACCGUCAUCCAGCAUCAUCAUUGUUCUGACUGAUGGCAAGCUGGAUAUUUACCCCUUUGAACUGAGUGUAAAUGAGGCUGACAAAGUCAGAGGGUUUGGAGCCAGAGUGUAUUGUGUUGGGGUCAUGGACUUUGACCAAAACCAGCUUAACGAAAUAGCAGACGGCCCAGAGCAAGUGUUCCCCGUGUUGUCUGGGUUUCAUGCUCUCAAAGGCAUCAUCAACUCGAUCCUGAAGCAGACAUGCACAGAAACAUUCACAAUAGAGCCGUCAAGUGUUUGUGUAAAUGAGUCUUUCAAUGUAGUGCUAAGGGGAGGUGGCUUCAGUGGAUCGAAGAGGAUGGACAAUGUCCUCUGCUUCCUCACUGUCAAUCAAAAGACAUACAGCCAGAAGCCAACAGUAGUUAAAGACGGCUAUCUGCUGUGUCCAGCUCCUGCUCUGCAAGAGGUUGGACAAUCAAUUCAAGUGCUGGUUAGCCUGAACAAUGGACAAUCCUACAUCUCCACUCCCAUCAAUAUCCAUGCCACAACAUGUUCAGAUGGGUUUUGGGUGCUCUGGUUGCUGUUGGCUCUUCUGCUGUUACUGGCUCUGGUUUUACUUUGGUGGUUCUGGCCUCUCUGCUGCACUGUGGUGAUUAGGGACCCACCCCCCUCUCGCCCCCCUCCUCCACCUCCUCCAAUUAAGCCAGAAGAGGAUCUUUCAACCAAACACAAGUGGCCUACAGUGGAUGCUUCAUACUACGGAGGCAGAGGUGCUGGAGGAAUCAAACGCAUGGAGGUGCGUUGGGGGGACAAGGGGUCCACAGAGGAAGGCUCGCGGCUAGAGAAAGCCAAAAAUGCUGUGGUCACCAUGCCAGAUGAGGUGGAAGAGCCUAUCAUACCUCGACCCCCACCAAGACCUCCUCCAGUCUACAACCCUGCACCGCAGACCAAAUGGUACACUCCCAUCAAGGGCCGUUUUGAUGCGUUGAUGGCAUUACUGAGGAGACAGUACGACAGAGUGGCAAUCAUGAGGCCGACACAUCAGGACAAGGGUCGCUGCAUUAACUUCACUAGAGUUCAGAAUCACUGAGGAUCAACACCUCUCGCUUCAUUCCUGUUUUUGGCCAAAGACGACUGACAUGCACGCUCAGAUACGUAAAUGUUGAAAUUCAGUGUGAUUUGUAAAUAAAUGUUUUUACAUAUA